ACACAUUGGAUGCUGCACAGAGUCAGAUCUACAGCAUCAGCAAGGCUGUGCUCCUCCAUCCUCAUCCUCAUCGCCACCCCCUGCCUCUUUCUCUCUCUCUUUUUCUCCUCCUUUGCCUCUCCUUCCCCCGUUCCGCCAACCCCUUUGCUCUCUCUUUCUCUGUCCCUUCUCCCCCCCUUCCUUUCGACGGACACGCGCCGGCCUGCCCCUGAGCAACGCUGCAGCAGAGGGACGGUGCACACACACACACCAGCGGCAGCAGGGAUAGCAGCAGCAGCAUCAGCAGAGGAACUGCUUCAUCAGCCUCUCCAUCUCCCUUCUCCGUCACUACCUUUUCCCCCUUUCUCAAAUUCCCUCUCUCCUUCCUCAUCUUCUCCUUUUCGCGUCUCCCGUUCGGGGCCGGCCGGCUUCCCAGGAUGCCUUGCUCGAGGCCGCUCCGGUAGGCCCCAGCAGCAUGGGCGGAGCCUGGGCGGGAAGAGACAUUACGGAUUGGACCCUUCCCCUCAGGACGGGCUCACUGGCGGGUCACCCUCCCUCAGCUUCAGAUGGGUGAGGACGUUGAGAGCCCCAAAAUCAACCACACCUUUCUGCGAGACUACGUCACCGAAGCUGAUGUCAUCUCUACGGUGGAGUUUAACCAGACGGGGGACCUGCUGGCCACGGGCGAUAAAGGUGGCCGUGUGGUCAUCUUUCAAAGAGAGACAGAGUCUAAAGGGGAGUCAGAGGAGACGGGGGACUCUGGGGAGUACAACGUCUACAGCACGUUCCAGAGCCACGAGCCGGACUUUGAUUACCUGAAGAGUCUGGAGAUAGAGGAGAAGAUCAACAAGAUCCGAUGGCUGCCCCAGCAGAAUGCUGCGCAUUUCCUGCUCUCCACCAAUGAUAAGACCAUUAAACUGUGGAAGGUGAGCGAGAGAGACAAAAGACCCGAGGGUUACAACCUGAAAGAUGAGGAGGGACGGCUGAAGGAUGUUUCCACCAUCACCUCUCUGCAGGUGCCCGUACUGAGACCAACAGAUCUAAUGGUGGAGGUUCGUCCCCGACGGGUGUUCUCAAAUGGACAUACCUACCAUGUCAACUCCAUUUCUGUCAACAGCGAUGGGGAAACGUACUUGUCGGCUGAUGACCUCCGCAUCAAUAUGUGGCACCUGGGCAUCACAGACCGCAGUUUCAAUAUUGUAGACAUCAAACCGGCCAACAUGGAGGAUCUGACGGAGGUGAUAACUGCAGCGGAGUUCCACCCCCAGCACUGCCACUUGUUUGUGUACAGCAGCAGCAAGGGAACCCUGCGCCUCUGUGACAUGAGAGCCUCGGCCCUCUGUGACAAACAUACCAAACUUUUUGAGGAGCCCGAGGAUCCGGGGAGCCGCUCCUUCUUCUCCGAGAUCAUUUCCUCCGUGUCGGAUGUCAAGUUCAGCCACAGCGGACGCUACCUGCUGACAAGAGACUACCUCACCGCGAAGGUGUGGGACCUGAACAUGGACAAGGGCCCAGUGGAAACUUACCAGGUCCACGAAUACCUGAGGAGUAAGCUGUGCUCCCUGUACGAGAACGACUGCAUCUUCGACAAGUUCGAGUGUGUCUGGAACAGCUCGGACAGCGUGAUCAUGACGGGAGCUUACAACAGCUUCUUCCGGAUGUUUGACAGGGAGACAGGGCGCGGCGUGACCCUGGAGGCGUGGAGGGAGAGCAGCAAGCCGCGGGCCGUGCUGCGGACCCGCCGGGUGUACACAGGCGGUAAGCGCCGCCGUGGCGACGUGGGCGUCGACAGCCUGGACUUCACCAAGAAAAUCCUGCACAUGGCCUGGCACCCGUCAGAGAACAUAAUCGCCAUCGCGGCCACCAACAACUUGUACAUCUUUCAGGAUCGAGUCAGCCCCGAGACACAGACACAGUGACAAGAACACUGGAAAUCGAUCCUCAUCAGACUGUUCCACUGAGUUACAAACUCCUACGUAUAUGAAUGUUUUAGGGGGACGCCUAAGUCGAUUGGACUAACGGUAACAUUCUAAGACUAUUUACUUAGUUGAUUUCAUUUGAUCACCAAGGAAGGAAAAUGUGUGUAAUCCUUUUUCAAUAAUGAGAUGACGUGACAUCUCUACAGUGGCCAUGGAGAUGUGUUUUUUGCUGCACUCUACCACUACUUUUUGAAAAUGUUUGCAUAAUUUCACCCUCCAGGGGCAGUGAACGAGGUGCAGGGACACCUCUCCAUCUCCAAUGACUGCUGUUGAUCCCACAAUGUUGCACUACUCACCAAUGUCUAUUUCACAGUUAAGAGAAGAUAUGUGCUUUGGGCAUCACACGGUGUCUGAUGCUUUAAAGUAUACUUUAAAUGGCAGGUUGACUUUACCUGAUGUUGCAUCUAAAUCAGAGCAUUCUGAAUAUGGAGUGAUGUUAUGAUUUAGGUUCUCCACAAUGCUAUCUUUUUCUCUGUUGGGUGACAGCAGAAACGUAACCUCUCCUUUAGAGCAGCGCUCCUGGGGACUGCACGGAUAUUCAUAACCAAUAAUCUUAACCCAAUUCACUUUGCAAUAACAGCACUAACAAGAGCAGUAUAGCGGUGUUCCUGGUUUAAAACAGAAGUUUUUAUUCUACAGAUGAAAUCCAUGUUACACUCUUUUUACAGUUAGCCAUAAAAAUUCUCUGUUUUUUUUUUUCUUUUCCAGGCGAUACCGCGUUAUCUUCAGAAAAUGAAUAGAUUUUGUCGAUUGCACUGUAAAUGAACGUUAGAUCUUACUUUUAAGACAGGUUAAACUGCACCAUGUCUGAUGUUUUUGUGAAGCAAUACAUAGAACUAAUCACUGGCUGAGAAGAAAGCAGGGAGACUGUGCACUUAUCAACACUCUGCGUUUUGUUUUGACUAUUUUUUCAAGCUUGUACUGGGUUUUGAUGGAUGUGUCAAAGUUAAUUCCUGUCUAAAAUGUACACGACUAUACAACGAAUCAUCACAACUGAGGGGAUCAGUCUCUAAUUGUUGAGCAAUCUCCUUUGUCCAAAAUUAAGGCCCACGUGGGCACAAACAUAACAAUAUAAUUAUCAUUAAGCAAGGGCGGAACUGAGAUGAGCUUUGUUUGUUUUAUCAUGCUGAAGCACAUUUUAAUAAUGGAUCUCACAAUCACGAUAAAAACAUGCACAUUGUUCAUAAAUGAGAUCCCUGACUCAGCUAAUCAAAGUUGUAAUGAAUUCAUUUGUGUCGGGUGUGUGUGAGGCUUUGAGGCGAUCAUCAGUGCAAUAUCUCGUUAUGUACGUCACAAAAGGUAUUUAAAGUCCAAACAGUGUGGGUGUUUGGACGGAUCAUACCAUAUUGUAGGUUUUAGCUGUCUUACUUUAUACCUCACAAUGCCGCAUGCUACUCUGGGGUGCUACACUGAUAAAGGGAAGGCAAACAGCAGUAACGGAAAUGUUUGCUUUGGACUGAACUGUUUGACAUUUCACUGCUUGGAGGGAAGUGCUUUUUUCUGAAGUGCUCUUUGCCAUGAUUGGAUUAGCGUUAGUUGUCCAGAUGCUGAUAUGGUGACGGGUAACAGGUGGAGUCGACUGGGGAAGCAUUUCAUUGAAAUUUUUAAAAGACCAAGUUCUGGUGCGUGAUUAGUGGUUCGCUGUUUAAGAAUUUACCCUUCAAAAAAAGAUGAAAUUGUCACGUUGCCCGGUGUCUGUUGCAGUUGAGAGGCCUCUCUUCACUUUGCUCGUACCCUUCUUGAAUGCAAACAUUAUUUUGCUCUCAGAGAUGGGAAACCACUAAAAAAAUGGUUAAUAGGGAGACAAGCCGCCCGGGGGUUGGGUAGGGGUGGGGAUGGACUGUAGUUUUGUCAGUUGUAAUCGCAUCAUAGUCACACUUGCAAACGGUGAAAGGAAUUUGUGUUCAGGAUCACAGCAGCAGCAUGCCGCCAUUACUCAAAGCUACUAGAGUGUAAUUCUAUUGUACUUAAAAAGCGAAGGAAAAAAAAACACAGAUCUAACAGGACAAAAACAUAAAUUAAUUGAGGUGGAUGAAAGGAAUGUGCUUAAUAAAUGAUUAAAAAAUGUGA